AGUUCACAGGAUUUAAUUUUAGACUCCGCAUGAGGCAGGAGCAAACCGUUUCUAUCUCAAGUCAAAGUCAGAGGCUUCCCAGUUUGCUCGGCCGCGAGUCCACAGACCAGACAGCUCUUACCGUUUCUCCUGAUAUCAGCAGAAGAAAGAAGUUGUGGCAAUAUGUCUGACGCCAGAGACCUUGAGGAUCUCAAUGAAGAGGAUAUUGACGAGGAUGAAAUCCUUGCAAUGCUUUCACCUGAGGAGCUCAAGGAGCUCCAGAGUGAGAUGGAUGUUAUAAUCGCCCCAGAUGAGGCUGUCCCUGUUGGACAGAGACAAAAGGACCAGACAGAGAAACCUCCGACAGGGACAUUUGAUCACAGAUCCUUGGUCGAUUACCUCUACUGGGAGAAAGAGUCUAAACGUAUGCUCGAGGAAGAAAGGGUGCCGGCUACUCUGCUGCCCAGUGAGAAAACGUUGAGGGAGGCAGCUGAAAAGAAAGAAAAAGAAGAAAACGCAGAAGUGAAGUAUGAGGUGUAUGAAGUGAUAGAGGAGGUGAUUGACGAAGAAGCUGUAGAUUGUUCUAACGGAGUGGAAAUAAUUGAGGAGAUCAUCGAGGAAAUAGUUGAAGAAGUUGAUGAAAGGGACGAAAAGGAUGAAGGGAUCGGUGUGAAAAAUGAACCAGAAGAGAAGCCACCUGUGGAAGAAAAACCUGAAGAUUCAGAUAAACAUGAAGAGCCUCCACACGAUACAGAAAAAGUACCCAAACAAAAAGCGGUUGAUACUCAGUCCUUGUCAGACACAAAGGAGGAGACUGAGAACUUGGCACCAAAACAUAACACUGAAGAAAAAGAGGAAAACACAAAGUCAGACAUUCUGCUUCCUGCUGAAGAACCAGGGACAAAGGAAGCCAAUGAUGUGCUCCCACAAAAAGAAGAGAGAAAAAUCAACAAACUAAAAAUUCCCAAGCUGGCACUCAAUACCAUAAAAAUGACAUCAAGACCUUCGGGAAAUGAGACAAACUUGGAGACAACACUUGACAAGGUCCGUAACAACAACCCGUCUGUGACCGAGGUAAACCUCAACAACAUAGAAAACAUUCCCAAAGAGAUGCUGCUGGACUACGUCAACGCCUUGAAGAAGAACAAGCACGUGAAAACAUUCAGUAUAGCCAACACCGGUGUCGAUGAAAACAUUGCUUUCAACCUGGCUAACAUGCUACGAGAGAACCGCAGCAUUACGACUUUGAAUAUCGAGUCCAACUUCGUCACUGGAAAGGGCAUCGUCGCCAUCAUUCGCUGCCUCCAGUUCAACGAGACUCUCACGGAGCUGCGUUUCCACAACCAGAGGCACAUGCUGGGUCACCAUGCGGAAAUGGAGAUCUCUCGUCUGCUCAAGGCCAACAAUACCCUCCUGAAGAUGGGCUACCACUUUGAGCAACCGGGGCCCAGGAUGGUGGUGACCAACAUUUUAACCAGAAAUCUCGACCGCCAGAGGCAGCUGAGGAAGGAGGAGCAGAAGCAGCAGCAACUAAAAGAGCAGAAGGAGCUCAUGCAGAUGUAUGAGAACAGUCUAAAUCUGCCUCCUGGUUUACUUGAGAUGCUUGGGUACAUACCCCCGCUAGAACUGCUACAGGAACAUGGACUUGUUCCACCGUCUUCAGAGCUGAGCGCUGUACCCCAAACGCACAAUAAGACGGAGCACCCACAGGCACCAGAGCAACAGAAGCAACUCAAACACAACAGCAUUCCCAAACAACCCAGUGAUGAACCGACAAAUCCACUGAGGGACGUUCAGCUGAAGAGGACUCCUAAGAAACGUGAUCCAUUUCUGGACCUGGACCCGAGGGAUGACAGGAGACCAGAGAGGACAAGCUUCCAGCUGAGGAAGGCUCCCAAAGCGAGGGAAGUAGGCAGUGGACAAAUGGGAGAUGAAAGAGCCAACCUGACUGAUGUGAUAAAGACUCUGAAGCCAGUCCCUCGCAGACGGUUGCCUCCCAAAGUUGACCUCACGCCUCGUGAUCAGCUCCUAAGUGAGAUCAAAAAGAGCAACGUGGCCUAUCUCAAAUCUGUGCCGCUCCCUAAAGUCCUGGAAUCAAGUGAAACGAGUCUCUUGUGAGACUUCAGCUGUUUUUUCAUUACAUUGUGGGUUUGCUUUACACAUACUUUGUAUUAGUCACUCCACACGAACAGUAGCAAUGAAUGAACUAUAUCAUCAUACAAGGAAGACAAUGGUUAGUGCCACUCCUGUGUGAUGUCCCCACAUGAUUUGGCCUUGAAAACGUCCCAGUGACAGUACAAUGUUUUUAACAUUUAUACUUUUAUGGCGAGGAAGCGCCCUAUAUUUUAACAAAUCAUUUGUGUGUCAUCUCUAAAUGCACAGUGUGCUUAAAUGUUGUUUAUUCACAGAGGAUUGUGUCAUUAAUGUACAGCAACUUCUUUAAUUUUGUGCUGAUAUUGAAGAGUAAAGUAGGUUUAUUGGCUUAAAUGUUCAGUUGGAAAAUUUGCACAAAGCUGUUCAACUCAUUUUACUAUAAACAAACUUGACUCUGUG